CAAUAUUCAUUUCAACAUGUUCAAAACUGUGUUUUCUGUGAGUGCCGUAUUAGCGGUUGCUUCCGCUGGACUUCUCCCGGCUGCUCACUACAGCCCCGCUUCUGCCGUCUCAUCCCAGAGCAUUGUUCGUCACGAGCAGCCCAUCGCCGUAGCUGCACCAGUCGCCUACCAAUCAGCCCCCGUCUCCUACCAAUCCGCCCCCAUCUCCUACCAAGCCGGCCCCGCCCGCUACUCGUCCGCCGCCGCCGUCUCCUCUCAGAACAUCGUCCGCCAUGCCCAGCCCCUCGCCGCUGCUGUAGCGUACCACGCAGCGCCCAUCGCCUCUGUGUCGUACGGCGCCGCCUCCUCCUCUCAGAACAUCGUUCGUCACGGCAGCUCAGCCGCAGUGCUCGCCGCGCCCGUCCAUUACGCCGCCCCCGCGCCGGUCGCCAUCGCUCACGCCGCCCCCGCCCAGGUCCACACCGUCGUCGAGGAGUACGAUGCGCACCCCAAAUACGACUUCGCCUACUCCGUAGCGGACGGCCACUCCGGUGACAACAAGUCUCAGCACGAGAGCCGCGACGGCGACGUCGUGCACGGAGAGUACUCGCUGCUGGAGGCUGACGGUUCCGUGCGCACAGUCCAGUACACCGCUGACCCGCACAACGGAUUCAACGCCGUCGUCAGCAACUCCGCUCCCGCUCAUCAAGCCGCCCCCGCUCACGGCCCCGUCUAUGCUGCUCGUCAUUAAAUCUCUAGUUAGACCAAAAUAUGUUCUCAUCUUAUUUAAUUUAGUAGCAGUGAAUCCUAUUUAUUAUAAAUAAAAGCAGUAAACUUUA